AUGCCCGAAGAUUCCAACACAAACAGACGACCCGCCUCCCCCUCUCCACCCCCUCCAGCCCCCGUGGCCCUUACGCCCGGUCCACGCGCCGCCAAAUUACAAGAAAUCUUUGACAAGGCCCUGGUACGCACGCUUCGCGCAAACUCCUACGCCAAUUUCUCCGGCUGUUUCCCGACGCCCGCGAAACAUGUGCCCGCUAGUCUGGAGAGUGUGUGGAGACAGCUGAAUGCGAAGUUGGAGGAGAGCGCGAAGGCCGAGUUCGAGGAUAUCUUGUCCGAGAGAGAUGCGGUAAGGCAGUUGAAUGAGUUGGAUCGGUUAGUUGGGGAAGCCAGGUAUAGGAAGGAACGGGGGGAGGGGGAGGAGAGUGUUGCGCCGCAUACGUUGAGUCCGGAGGAAUUGUACCGAGCGCAUCUAUUGCCGUGUUUGAUGGAGACGCAAUCGGAUUUGGAUGCGAAGAUUGAGUCAGUUCAGACGGAGAAUGUCGAGUUGGCUGGUAAGGUGCAAGCGCAGAGGUUGGAGAUUGAGAGUUUGUUGUCAGGGCUGGAGGCGGUGGUUGCCGACUUGGAGGGUGCUGCCGCCGCAGCGACGCAGUUUACAAGUGAGAAUCAGCUUCGCCAGGAGGCUGCACAGAUGGAUGGUGAGGUUAGGGCUAGAUCCGAAAUGUGA